UUAACUUCUCUCGUCGUGAGGUGAAUUCAUCUGUUGUUUUAUUUCUCAGUCGAACCUGAAACUGCUCGUAUAAAUAUAAUAAAACUUGACAGAGGACUUUAGUUAUGAGCCGCGCUCAGAGCUAGACGGACGUUUCUAUAUUUCGAUCAAACAAUUUUAACUAAGAUUCUUACAUUAUCAUUCGCUUUUGCACGCACCAGACAGAGAGAUUACUACAGUUCAAAAUGUCUGUUGAUAUUAAAAAUGUAUUGAUCUGUGAUGCGGUAGACAAAGCUUGUGUCGAGUUGCUACAAAAUAAUGGUAUAAAUGUGGACACAAAACUAAAAUUACCCGUUAGCGAAUUAUGCGCAGUGGUGAAAAAUUACAAUGCGGUUAUUGUACGCUCGGACACCAAGAUAACAGCUGAAGUUAUCAAAGCAGGCACUGCAGAUGGUGGACAGCUAAAGGCGGUAGGGCGCGCUGGUGCGGGAGUCGACAAUAUUGAUGUGGCGGCAGCCACAAGCCAGGGAGUGGUUGUAUUAAAUACACCAGGAGGAAAUUCCAUUUCAGCUUGUGAACUGACUUGUCUGCUAAUUGGAACUUUGGCGCGCCCAAUUGUGCCGGCAGCACAAAGCUUGAAGGAGGGUCGUUGGGAUCGAAAGUUGUACAGUGGCACGGAAUUGUAUGGCAAAACUCUGGCGAUUAUCGGUUUAGGACGCAUUGGACGCGAAGUCGCCAUACGCAUGAAGACAUGGGGUAUGCGUACAAUUGGCUACGAUCCCAUAACAACUGAGGAAGAGGCACGCGCAGCAGGCAUUGAAAAAAUGGAGUUGGAUAGCAUUUGGCCAUUAGCAGAUUAUAUCACCGUACACACACCACUUAUUCCGCAGACUAGGAACUUAAUUUCAACUCAAACGCUUGCGAAAUGUAAGCGUGGCGUUAAGGUGGCGAAUGUGGCACGCGGUGGUAUUAUUGAAGAGCAAGCAAUUUUAGAUGCAUUAGAGAGUGGCAUUUGCGGUGGCGCCGCUUUUGAUGUGUUCCCUGAAGAGCCGCCAAAGUCGGUGGUGACAAAGGCGUUAAUCGCGCAUCCGAAAGUGGUAGCGACGCCACAUUUGGGCGCCAGCACAGCUGAGGCACAGGUACGUGUUGCGGUCGAAGUUGCUGAGCAAUUCGUUGCAUUGACCGGAAAGUCACCGAAGUACACAACAUACCCUGGUGUCAUAAAUAAAGAUGUAUUAAGAGCUAACUGAGAUGGAAUAAAUUUUUAUCUAAUCUUGCCAUCAAGCACACUUUCACAAUUCAUGUAUUAUGCUAUUUUCAAUUGAAAUAAACACAAAUUGUUUGUUGCAGAAGACGGGAUGUAAUUAAUAAAUAUUUUCUAUUAUAAUCUA